GGGCACAGCAAUUGGAAUGGAAAAUGCGGACCAAUUGACAGAAGAACAGAUUGCCGAGUUUAAGGAGGCUUUCUCGCUGUUUGACAAGGACGGUGACGGCACAAUUACCACCAAAGAGCUGGGCACCGUGAUGCGGUCACUCGGACAGAACCCUACCGAGGCAGAGUUACAGGACAUGAUCAACGAGGUGGACGCUGACGGUAACGGUACGAUCGACUUCCCCGAGUUCCUGACGAUGAUGGCGCGCAAGAUGAAGGACACGGACUCCGAGGAGGAGAUCAAAGAAGCGUUCCGCGUCUUCGAUAAGGACGGCAACGGCUUCAUCUCCGCCGCCGAACUACGUCACGUGAUGACAAAUCUCGGUGAGAAACUCACAGACGAGGAGGUGGACGAGAUGAUCCGAGAGGCGGACAUCGACGGAGACGGACAGGUCAAUUACGAAGGUAAAAUUGAUAGCUCGGACAUUGUCAAAAUAAACAACUUGCCUGCGAAUAUGGCGGACCAAUUGACAGAAGAACAGAUUGACGAGUUUAAAGAGGCUUUCUCGCUGUUCGACAAGGACGGUGACGGCACAAUCACCACCAAAGAGCUGGGCACCGUCAUGCGAUCACUCGGACAGAACCCUACCGAUGCCGAGUUAAAAGACAUGAUCACAGAGGUGGAUGCUGACGGUAACGGUACGAUCGACUUCCCCGAGUUCCUGACGAUGAUGGCGCGCAAGAUGAAGGACACGGACUCCGAGGAGGAGAUCAAAGAAGCGUUCCGCGUCUUCGAUAAGGACGGCAACGGCUUCAUCUCCGCCGCCGAACUACGUCACGUGAUGACAAAUCUCGGUGAGAAACUCACAGACGAGGAGGUGGACGAGAUGAUCCGAGAGGCGGACAUCGACGGAGACGGAAAUGUCAAUUACGAAGAGUUCGUUAAGAUGAUGGCAUCAAAAUAAGCAUGUACACCCGUAGAUGAUUCAAUAUAGAGGAAGUCUUCUUGUAUGCAAUGUCCGCCAAAUUCAUUGCUUUGUAAAUUUAUAAAUUUGUACAGUAAAUGUCUACAAGAACUGUCCAAUAGACACAUAUCCGAAUUCGUUGCUUGUUGUUUAAUUACAACGAUGUAGUGUCAGAGGUUGUAAAAGACAAAUGUACGUAUGCAAUUAAAAACUUAAUGAAUACGUAAACAAUAAAUACUGUUAAAGUCAUAACUAUGCGAGGAACUUGAAUAAUUAUAAAACAGGGCAGCUCUCGACGCAACAGUUAGUCGAGUUCACAAUGAAGAAACAUCGUGUCUACCUUGCUAUUUAUUAUAAAUUUAUAAUUAUG